AUGGUGACCAAAACUCCAUCUUCCCAUGAAGAUAUCCGUAUGAUAAGAGCAGCCAUGAGGCUAAUUUUAACCAUUCUCUUCAUGGGAUUUGUUUUCAUUUGGAUCAUCGUGCCCACCAAUACCUACAAGCAAACAUGGCAGCCUCGUAUCAAGGCCAAGGUUAAUAAUUCGACGUACUUCGGAUCGCAAGGCUUGACGCUUCUGCUCUACACAUUUCCUGUUUUACUCUUUGCGGUUUUGGGAUGCGUCUACAUCCAUUUGGGGAGAAAAUUGGAUGGUCAUGAUCAUAACGUUCAAAGUGGCAAAAACCAUCGGUUCGCGGUGUGGAAACGGCCUAUACUUGUUAAAGGCCCUCAGGGAAUCGUCUCCAGCAUAGAGCUAACCUUCUUUGUCAUGUUCAUUGCACUCCUCGUUUGGUCUUUCUCAACUUACUUGCACAACAGCUUUGCCAAGAUCACCCCAAAAUCGGCAGCAAAGGAUGGAGAAAAAGUGUGGGAAUCCAAGCUAGACAGUGCAGCACUGAGACUAGGGCUAAUCGGGAACAUCUGCCUAGCGUUCCUCUUCUUCCCGGUGGCGCGGGGAUCAUCGGUGCUGCCACUAUUCGGCCUGACGUCUGAGGCCAGCAUCAAGUAUCACAUAUGGCUUGGACACCUUGUCUUGACACUCUUCACGGCUCACGGCCUUUGUUACAUCAUCUUUUGGGGUGUUACACAUGAUAUCUCUCAGAUGCUUAAGUGGGACAAAGUUGGGAUAUCAAAUGUCGCAGGAGAAAUAGCUUUGCUCGCUGGACUGGCCAUGUGGGCAACAACCAUACCUCGUAUAAGGCGAAAAUUCUUUGAGCUCUUCUUUUACACUCAUUAUCUUUACAUCAUCUUUGUCAUAUUCUUUGUCCUCCAUGUUGGCAUUUCUUACUCUUGCAUGAUGCUCCCUGGCUUCUAUCUCUUCUUAGUUGAUCGUUACUUGAGAUUCUUACAAUCUCAGAAAAGUGUUCGCCUAAUUUCUAGUCGCGUUUUAUCCUGUGAAUCUGUGGAACUCAAUUUCUCCAAAAACCCAGGCUUGAAAUACCAUCCAACGAGCACUAUUUUCAUAAAUGUGCCAAGUAUCUCCAAGCUUCAAUGGCAUCCUUUUACCAUUACUUCUAACAGCAAUUUGGAACCGGAGAAGCUCAGCGUUGUCAUUAAGAGUGAAGGAAGUUGGGCUAAGAAGCUUUACUUACUGCUUUCGUCGUCGGCUUCCAACGUAGAUCGGCUUGAAGUCGCUGUUGAAGGACCUUACGGACCUGUUUCAACUAAUUUUCUAAGGCAUGACACUCUUGUGAUGGUGAGCGGAGGAAGUGGAAUAACCCCUUUCAUCUCCAUAAUCCGAGAGCUCAUCUUCACAACCACAACCCUGAAAUGCAAAACCCCGCGAGUACUUCUGAUCGCCGCAUUCAAGAACUCGACAGACCUCUCGAUGCUAGACCUUAUUCUUCCACUUACCCGAACCCCAUCUGACCUUACCAAUCUCGACCUACAAAUUGAGACUUACAUAACGAGAGAGAAGCAGCCCAAAUCAGAUCAUAACUCCAAGCCCCUAAUCCUCACCAAAUGGUUCAAACCCCACGUAACCGAUUCACCCAUUUCAGCCACUCUGGGUCCAAAUGGCUGGCUUUGGCUUGGAGGCAUAAUAGUGUCAUCAUUUAUCAUCUUUCUCAUCUUAAUUGGGGUCAUUACUCGCUACUACAUUUACCCAAUUGACCACAAUUCCAAUAAAGUUUUCUCUUACUCUUUGAGGGGUGUGCUCAACAUGUUGGCCAUUUGCUUCUCCAUAGCUGUUAGUGCUAGUUUGGCAGUGUUUUGGAAUAAGAGACAGAAUGCCAUGGAGGCAAAGCAGAUUCAGAACUUGGACAGAUCGUCGCCGAUGGGGUCACCGGAGUCGCUGUUUUACAAUGCCGAGAGAGAGUUGGAGAGCCUUCCUCAGCAAUCUCUUGGCCAAGCCACUAAUGUGCACUAUGGUGAAAGACCUGAUCUUAAGAGAAUUUUGUUUGAGUGCAAAGGAACGAGCAUCGGAAUUCUUGCUUGCGGACCAAAGAAGCUGAGGCAUGAAGUUGCCAACAUUUGCUCGUCAGGAUUGGCUGAAAAUCUGCAUUUUGAGUCUAUUAGCUUCAGCUGGUGA